AUGGUUUCCUUCAACACCAUUUGGAUUUUCUCUCUCGCUCUUCUCCUCACCGCUUCUCCUUUCCUCCAAGUUGUUAGGUGUCAGUCAGAAUCAGGUGAAGCUGUGGAGACUACUGAGAGUGAUAUUGGAAUUGUUGGUGAUGAUGCUCAAGACUUUGAUAGUGUUGGAACCUUUUCUGCUGCUCCGGGGAUUGAUACGAUAAGUGUGUUUCCGAAAAAUAUUGCAAAAUUGGUUACAGCUGGAGACGAUACCGAGCUGCUAGUCGGUGUAAAAAAUGAUGGUGAGUCCAGCUUGAAUGUUGUUGCGAUCAAGGCCAGUAUUCACCUUCCUGUUGAUCAUCGUCUGCUUGUUCAGAAUCUUACUGCUCAGGUUUUCAACAAUGGUUCUGUACCAGCCUCAGCGCAAGCUACUUUCCCAUACAUAUUUGCAGUCAGUAAAUUCUUGCAGCCUGGAAGUUUUGAUCUUGUUGGCACUAUUAUCUACGAGAUAGACGAGCAUCCAUACCAAAGCACCUUCUUUAAUGGCACUAUUGAAGUCGUUGAAUCCGGUGGGUUUCUUAGCAUCGAAUCUGUUUUUCUUGUCACUCUUGGAGCUGCCCUCCUUGUCCUCCUGGGGCUAUGGAUUCAUGGUCAAGUACAAAACCUAUCUAAGAAAUCAAAAAGAGCUCCCAAAGUUGAAGUUGGAACUAGGUCUAUAGAUGCUUCAACAGACGAAUGGCUACAGGGAACUGCAUAUACUCAGUCUCUUUCCAGCAAAUCAAAGAAGAAGAAGUAG